GGUUCUACCCCGCGUGCAGAUCGUUGGAGCGCGCCCGAACCGGACCGAACUCAGACGCGCGCAUCUGUCAGUCUCUCCUUUUCGGUUCCCACUGUUUAAAAGUGAUUUUCCUUCCAAGGCGAACUCGGUAGCUAACUUUAAACUCACCGAGAGAGCCCCGGUUGACGUAUUUGGCAGGUGUCGCACAGGCACACUACGUCGAAGACAGCUCGUUUAAUCCGUGCGGGUUUGUUAACGUUAACAAGAGGUCACAGAGGUGAUCGCGCUGAGGCGGCGAGAUGACAGCAGAGCUCGAACAGAUCCUUUCGCAGCUGACACAGCCGGACAAUGCAGCUAUCCAGCAGGCCACAGCUCAGCUGAAACAGGCUUUCAAAGACCCAGCCAUUAUACCAGCCUUGUGUACGGUCAUGAGUGGCUCCCAAAACCCUCAGAUCCGGCAGUCCGCUGCAGUGAUGCUGAGGCUCAGGGUGAAGAAACACUGGAAGAAGAUCGGACCCAGUGACAGAGAGAGCCUGAAGGCAGUGGUGCUGCAGGCUUUCAUGCAGGAAACAGAACACACAGUGCAGCAUUCGCUCUCCCAGCUGUGCGCCAUAAUGGUUAAGCACGAGACGCCAGACCGUUGGCCUGCCCUGCUGCAGCUUCUCAAUCAGGCCACCAAGAGCGGCAACCCUCAUGACAGACAGGUUGGUCUCCUGCUGCUGAACAAAGUGAUUGAGUCCAAUCCCGAGCCGUUCAAGCCUCACUACUGCCAGCUGUUACAGCUGCUCAGGACUGUGCUGCAGGACCACAGCAACCCUACAGCACUGUACUAUGGCAUCCUCACCCUCACAGCCAUAACAGCAUUCACUGGCACAGAGGAGAUGCACCUGAUGCGUUCCAUCAUCCCGGGUCUGAUUGUUGCCCUGAAAUGCCUCAUCAAGGCCGAUGAGAACCAAGCCAGUGAGGCCAUGGAGGUGUUCAAUGAGCUCAUGGAGAGUGAGGUGUCCAUAAUCGUCCCUCAUGUUGCUGACAUUGUCCGCUUUUUCUUGGAGGUCGGCAGUGACGCCACCCUCAGUGACUCUCUGCGAGUUAAAGCGCUCUCUUGUGUCGCCUUCAUCAUCAAGUUGAAAAGUAAGACAGUUAUGAAGCAGAAGCUCCUGAACCCAAUCCUGCAGGCCGUUUUCCCUGUACUGACUGCAGCGCCACCUCCUGGUGAGCAGGACCCGGAUGAUGAGGAGGACGAGAGUGGAGAUGGAACAGACAAUGAAAAUCCCAAACAGUGUGCUGCUCAGAUUAUUGACGCCAUGGCUCUCCACAUGCCUCCAGAGAAACUGUUCCAACAGCUAAUGCCCUUUACUCACACCUGCCUUGCCAGUGAAAAUCCAUAUCAUCGGAAGGGAGGACUCGUGUGUCUUGCUGUGCUGGCUGAAGGUUGUGCAGACCACAUACGCACUAAGAUGUUAAAGUCAGUGCUGCAGACAGUGUGUCAGAGUCUUUCACACAGCAGUGAGGUGGUGCGCAGUGCUGGCCUUUUUGCCCUCGGACAGUUCUCUGAACAUUUACAGCCUGAGGUGAGCAGGUUCUGCUCAGAGUUGAUGCCUCUGCUGCUGGGUUACAUUUCAUCGUUGAACCAGGCCAAGAUUGGUCAUGUCACCAGAGCCUUCUAUGCCCUAGAGAACUUCAUGGAGAACCUAGGAGCUGAUAUUGAGCCCUACCUGCCCACUCUGAUGGACACCAUGUUGUCUGCUCUGAACAACACUGAUAACCUCAAGCUAAAAGAGUUAGCAGUGUCUGCUAUAGGUGCCAUAGCCAACGCUGCCAAGGAGCUGCUGGUGCCCUACUUCAGUCCAGUUAUUGAAAGUCUGAAGGGCUUCCUGACCACCACCACAGAGGAAAUGAGGUCUUUACAAACUCAGUCUUUGGGCACUCUCUCGGUUCUGGCCCGCACCGUUGGCAAAGAUGUCUUCAGUCCUCUUGCUGCUGAGUGUGUCCAGCUGGGCCUCAACCUCACCGAUACCAACGAUGACCCUGACCUACGACGCUGCACGUACAGCCUCUAUUCUGCUGUAUCCACAGUCAGCCCUGAGUGCCUGACUCCUCACCUCACCGCCAUAACAACUGUCAUGCUGUUCGCCCUCAAAUCCAGUGAAGGCAUCACGGCACACCUCGAGGAGGACAAGACGUUUGUUCUGCUAGAUGAUGACGAAGGUGAUGAAGAGGGCGAUCAGGAAAACGAUACUGAGGAUUUUUUAGAAGAUGACAAAGAGACAGAUGUCCAUGACGUUGCCGGGUUCAGCGUGGAGAACGCCUACAUUGAUGAAAAGGAGGAUGCCUGCGAGGCUCUGGGAGAGAUUGCCUUCAACACUGGCGUUGCCUUCCAGCCCUUCCUGGAGUCCAGCUUCCAGCAGGUUUAUGAGAUGAGAGAUUUUCCCCAUGAGGACGUCCGCAGGGCAGCGUUUGGAGCCAUGGGCCAGUUUUGUCAAGCCCAGCACAAAGUGUGGAAGGAGAAUCCCACCGACUCCAACCACCAGGCCCUGUCGAAGUUGCUGGAUGUAGUGGUUACCUGCUUUGUGGAAAUGGUGCAAACAGAUCGCGAGCGUCACGUUGUGAUGGAUGUCUUGGAAGCCAUGAACAACGUGAUCAAAUCCUGCAAGGAGGAGGUUUUCAAAAACCCUUCACACCUGACGGAGAUCAGCCGUACCAUUCAUAACGUGCUCAAGAAGAAGACUGUGUGUCAGGACAGUGGUGGUGAGGAAGCUGAUGAUGACGAACAACAGGCAGAGUAUGACGCCAUGCUCCAGGAGUUUGCAGGGGAGGGAAUCCCCCUGCUGGCUGCCUCUGUUCCUGCACAAAACUUUUUCCCUUUCCUCAACGACCUGUUGCCUCUCAUCAUGAACAAAGCUAAAUCCUCGUGCACGGUGGCAGAGCGGUCCUUCUCUGUGGGCACAAUUGCAGAAAUCCUUCAAGCUCUCAUCAGUGUGUCUGGGGGCCGCGAAGUGGCGGGCCGGCUGUCCAAUCGCUUGCUUCCUGUGCUGGUGGCCGGAGCGAAGGACAGAGACACCGAGGUUCGCAAUAACAGCGUGUUUGGACUGGGAUGUUUGGCUCAGGCCGCCGGACCCAUCGUUGUAUCAGACUAUCCAAUGAUACUCUCCGUGUUUUCCAACCUGCUGGCCAAGGAAUCUGACCUCAGGGUGAUUGACAAUCUGUGUGCUGCCCUCUGCAGGAUGAUCAUGGGCAAUGUGAACGCUGUCCCUCUGGAACAGGUUGUACCUACUUUGGUGGCUCAUCUGCCCCUCAAAGAAGACCAAGAAGAGAACAACACAGUGUUCAGCUGUCUGGCUAUGCUCUACACACACAGCCCUGCUCUGGUUGUGAAACUAAUGAAACCCAUAGUUGCUGCUUCCAGUCAUGUUGUUGGCAACAAGGAUGUUGAUAAAGAAAGCCAGCACGUUUCAGCAGAACUCUUGAAAACAUUUGCCCAGAACCACAGUGCAGAGUUCCACGCAGCUGUGACCUCACUUCCUGCAGACCGGCGGGCCGUUCUGAGCGCCGCCGUCACGCCUUCAUAGCCCACACACACACACUUCCACUGUCCAGCCAG